AUGGGCAUCACCGUGCUUUGGGGCUCAAACGUGCCCCUGGCUCUAGGCGCCAUCAUUUUCAUCGUAACCAUCAGUUGCAUUCUCAUCAAGUCAUCAUGGAGUCUGGGAAUCCCUGCUCCAUUCUUGGCCAGAUACACAAAAUUGUGGUAUGCCUGGCACAUCCAUCACGACGAUCUUCACUGGGCCAACAUUGAGCUGCAUAGAAGGAAAGGCGAGUACAAAAUCCUACCUAACUAUGAAGUGUUUCUUUCUAAACAGUGCAAGCAUGCUGACUAUUAUACAGGCAAAAUCGUCCAAGUCAUGCCAGGCUACUUCAUAAUUGAUGAUCCAGAAGCCCACAAGGUCGUAUACGGUCUUGGAAACGCAUGGUUGAAAGGAGAAUUCUACGACGCAUGGAAGGUUGGGGCAGACCCAAAUCACAACAACCUGUUCGCCACGAGAAAUCCAGCUCAGCAUUCCGAGAUGCGCCGCAAAGUAGCCUCUAUGUACUCCAUGACCUCUAUGGUCUCAUACGAGCCAUAUGUAGACCUUUGCAUUGAGCUGCUUGUUGCGCAACUGGAGGAGAGCGCUACGACUAUUAAUGUGGGGGCAUGGUUGCAGUACUUUGCUUUUGAUGCCAUCUCCAUGAUUACAUUCGGACAGAGAAUGGGCUUCCUUGACAAGGGGAGUGAUGUGGAGAACAUGAUUGAAAAUCUGAAUUUCGACCAUAUGAUGCUCACAUAUGCCAGCCUCUACCCCUGGACAACGCCCUAUGUGAGAAUGUUAUCCAGUCUCAUCUCAGGACCCAAGAUUCAUUUCUUUAUGCGCUUCGCCUCGGAGAAGAUCACCGCGGCGCGCCAGGAGACACAGGAUCUACCAGCAGACGGUCCAGCGUACAUGGUACGCAAGUUCCUAGACGCCCAGCGCAAAGAGGGCAAGAAAGGAAUGACAGACUGGGACGUCUCCGCCAAUGCUGGCGCCAAUAUCGGUGCUGGGAGCGACACCACCGCCAUCGCAUUGACCUCGAUUGUUUACUAUGUGUACCGCGACGCUCGCGUCCUCGGACGCCUGCGGCAAGAAAUUUCUGGAAGUGAGCUCUCUGGGCGACCUACUUUCCAAGACACCCAGAAACUUCCGUACAUGCAGGCAGUCAUCAAAGAAGCAGUGCGUGUUCAGCCUGGGGUUGGACUCCCAUUGUGGCGUGAGGUUCCCAAAGGGGGCGCAGUUGUAUGUGGACAGUUUUUCCCAGAACGAGUCAAUAUUGGCGUCAACCCUUGGGUGCCUCACCACAACAAAGAGGUGUUUGGUGUAGACGCCGAUGAGUUCAGACCCGAGCGCUGGCUUGAGGCCUCAAGCGAGAAACUUGCCAAGAUGGAACAAAGCAUGGUACACUUUGGUUUAGGAUCUAGGACUUGCAUUGGCAAAAAUGUCUCGUUGCUGGAGAUCAACAAACUCAUUCCAGUGCUUGUACGAAACUUCGAUUUGUCUUUUUGUGAUAAGCACGGCGACCCGGAGAAUCGCGAUUAUGUUCCUGUGAGAAAUAAGUGGUUCAUCAAGGUUCCGCAACUCUAUGCGAGGGUCACUAAAAGAGGCGCCGUUGGAAAGUAA